AUGCUCUCCUUGAGCGAUGCGACGGUCCCGUUGCCGGCAAACGAGAAAGUAUGGAACGCGACUACCGAAGCUCAAUGGACCGAGCUUAUGCAGAGUGGUGAGAGAACAUUGGAUUUGGCUUCUGCUGUUGAGGAGUUGUACACUCAUAAGAGGGUCAAGGCGAACACUGGCGAGUUUGCGCGUAUACUGUUGAUCUAUGGGCUUCAUCGACGUCUGUCCGAAGUUGCAAUGUACCACGGCCAAAGAUUGUCCCACUGGGCUCCAAGGGACCUGACCCAGUCUGAGCACAAUGGCCUACCGGAUCUACCUAUAUGGCUCCCAUCACUUCCUGUGUUUAGGCUGUGGCAAAAUCUUACCUGUGAUAGUCUAGAUGUCUUGCAUUGGACAGCGAAUGCUACCAUCGGAGAAGCAAGCGGAUUUGAACAUCCAACGGUGUUGCACUUGCAUCUUGCUCGCGUCCUCCUGCUGACACCUAUAAGCGAGAUUGUGAAUCUUGCACGGUAUCUUGCCGGUGAAAAGGGCGCAAAGUCGGAAGUCGAAGUGAUGAUGGACCGACAAGCCGUCCACAGAUGGGCUUUGCAACAUCAGUACAAGGCUCGACUGGCAGCUAUACAUGCUGGUGUUGUCUUCUGGCAUGUACGAAGAUUCUCGGCAAAUGCUUUUUACGAGCCGACAGCUGUUGCGCAUGCUGCCCUUGUGCUAUGGGCGUUCAGCGCUUUCUCUUCGAAGACAGCCACACCUCCUGGCCUGUCAGUCGAUGAAGCUCGUCAAUCCUCAGUCGCAUCUACGAAUCUCGAUGCAGAGGGCAAUAGUUCGGACAGCGAAAGCUCAUCAGACACGAUCAUUCUUCUGGAUCGUCCUGCAGAUGAUGAAAUUGUACAAGAAUUCGUUCUAAACGGACCUCGCAUGCGGGCCAACAUGACAGGGGUGGGUGAUUUGUAUGGCGAAAAGGGACCAGAGCGUGUAGUCAGGGAAGGAGCUGAAAUCUUGAAAACGCUGGGCUGCUGGCGUGUGUGGGAAUCUUGGGCAAAGACACUAGACAGACUGGUCGUGGUCUGUAAACGCGAAAGGAAAAGGAUCAAAGAUAUUGCUGCUUUGGACAAUCAUGCGAUGUCAGUCUCAAGCACAAGGGACACAACGAGGGAAUAA